AUGCUUGAUUAUUUCAUAUCUUUAUCUUAUCAAAAUCAUUAUCAUUCUAUCUUUGUCGUGCGAAAUCAUUCGUAUAUUUCAAUAUUUCAGGUGACAAUGAUCUUCUUUGCUUUAUCAGCAAUUUGGCAUUGUUUCACAUGGCCUAAUCCAAUGGAUGCCCUACAAUGGAAUUUUAGUGUUCGACCACAAGUAAAUAUUAAACCACAAAUGUCUUUAAUUACAAAAAGUCAUUCAACUCCACAAUUGACAUCAUCAUAUUCCAAUCAAAAUAAACCUAUUCGAUCGCAAUCCCAAAUAAUACAAUGUAAAAUGAAUGGAAAAAUGGAUGUUGGCGUUGUUGUACGCCUUAAAAAUAUUCUUCUUGAUCAUAUUUUUACAGCUUAUGAAAUUAUUAUCAAUUUGCUAUCAUUAGCAAAUUCAUUUGCUACUACUAUAUUUGGGUAA